AUGGAGCAAUUAGGAUCUACCUUGACGGCAACUUACGCCCACCCUAGCCCAACACCUCCCAAUUUUCUACCAGCCAUCAGUACCAUGGCAUCAAGUUAUAAGAAUCGAUUUCCUCACUACUCCUUGACUCAUAGCUUGAGCCUUCCAUGGAGGCCAAGCACAUAUUAUAAAGUAGCUUCCUGUUCACCUACUUUAGCUCCAUUAUCCAAAGGAGCUGAGGGCUUAUGUGAGAACAGGAUGCUUCCCUUUGUUUCUAAUAGAACAGCACUUUUCACAAGAUAUACACCAGAUGAUUGGUACAGAUCCAACCUAACAAAUUACAAAGAGUCUGAAAGUUCCAGACAUAAUGCAGAAAGACUGAGAGUAGAUACAUAUCGGAUGAUUCAAGACAAAGACCAACAAACAAGAACCACCCAAUCAGAUACCACCAAAAACUUAGGAGAAAGAGUCAAUGACAUUGGAUUUUGGAAAUCAGAACUCGUUCAUGAGUUGGAUGAGAUGAUUGGAGAAACAAAUGCUCUUACAGAUGUUAAGAAAAGGUUGGAGAGAGCUUUGGCUGAAACAGAAGCACCUCUUCAGGUCGCUCAAGAAUGUUUAUUUCAUAGAGAGAAAAGGAUGGGCAUUGAUCUUGUUCAUGAUGAGGUGGAAAAGCAACUCUUGACAGAAGUUGAUGUUAUUAAAUCUUGUCAAGAAAGAAUGAAGCAACAUCUGGACAAGGCUAUUGCUCAACUUGCAGCUGACAGAGCAUCCCAACAUGAGCUUGAGAAGGAUCUCAGUGAUAAACAGACAGCCUUUCGAAUUGAUGAUAAGUGUCACCAUCUGCGAAAUACCUCAGAUGGUAUUAGUUAUUAUAGAGGUGUGGAACGGGUCGAUGCUACGAUCUCAGUGCCAGAAUCAUGGGCCAAGUUUACUGAUGACAACAUUCUGCGUUCUCAGAGUGAAAGGGCAGCUUCUGCCAAACUGAGAAGUGAUACUGAAAACCUAUUGGUUGUGACUGCAAAUGAGAUGUGGAAUCAAUUCAAUACAGUCAAUGUUGCUCUUGCCAAUCGCAUUUCUGAGACAGGAGAUGCCAAAAAUAAGAUUCAGAUGCAUUUAGGAAAGACACUACAAGAAAUCUUCCAAACUGAAAUGACCAUAGAAGCAAUCCAAAAAGCCAUUCGGAACAAAGCAGCAUCUUUGAAGGUGGCACACACUAGACUGGAUGAGCGUACAAGAAGACCAAAUGUAGAACUGUGCCAAGAUACAGCCCAACUACGCCUUGUUAAUGAGGUUCAUGAAAUUGAUGACACAAUCCAGAGUCUGCAGCAGCGACUGAGAGAUGCUGAGGACACCCUACAAGCACUGGCCCAUGCCAAAGCUACGCUGGAACAUGACCUGGCUGUCAAAUCAAACUCUCUCUUUAUUGACCAGGAAAAAUGCAUGGGAAUGCGCAAAAACUACCCUAGCACUCUCAGGCUGGUGGGAUACUCAUAA